AUGGCCAUCAGUCUAGCAUUGCCGGGUGCGGCAAUUACCAGGGCCGCAUGGAAGGCCGCAUUGAGCUUUGAACGGGAAGAUCGCGAGAGCCGUGCAAAGGAUGUCGGCCGCAUCGUCGGCCGCAUCCUUGGUCUCUUCAUGUGGACAAUCACCGACCUAGGGGAGGCGAAGACCAAAGGCAGACAGCAAGUGUGGUACUUUAAUGACUCUUGCGAUGACUGGGAUGACAUCAACGUCGACAUCAACAUCAACACCACGGCCCAAGGCCUGUACCGUAGACUCAGACUCUCAUCUCCAGCUGCAACCAUGUCCAAGAAGCUGCCAAUGCCUCUCUCACUCACCACAGACGACAUUGCCAUACGGGCUAGAACCCUAGGGAAUGCCUAG